AUGUCCAUUCAAACCAGCGACUCUAACUCCAAUGACUACGGCAAAGCGUUAUCGCUGAUCGCCGCCCAUUCCCACAUCUCGGGACUUGGUCUUGAUGAACAUCUACAGCCAAAGGCGACCUCGCAAGGUAUGGUGGGGCAAACACAAGCUAGAAGAGCAGCUGGAGUCAUUUUGAAGAUGGUUCAAAAUGGUACAAUUGCCGGUCGUGCCGUUCUUCUGGCGGGUCCUCCUUCUACAGGUAAAACAGCGCUUGCGAUGGGUUUGUCGCAAUCGCUUGGCCAGGACGUCCCAUUCACAGCGAUUGCUGGGUCUGAGAUCUUUUCGCUCGAGCUGAGCAAAACAGAGGCGCUUACCCAGGCAUUCCGUAAAUCCAUUGGCGUCAAAAUCAAGGAGGAAACAGAGAUGAUAGAGGGUGAAGUGGUUGAAAUCCAAAUCGACAAGUCCAUCACCGGUGGCCACAAACAGGGUAAACUGACCAUCAAAACCACGGACAUGGAGACAAUAUACGAACUGGGAAGCAAAAUGAUCGAGGGAUUGACCAAGGAAAAAGUGUUGGCAGGCGAUGUCAUUUCCAUCGACAAAGCCAGCGUCAAAAUUACCAAGUUGGGCAGGUCAUUUGCCAGAUCUAGAGACUAUGAUGCCAUGGGUGCGGACACUAGAUUCGUGCAGUGUCCAGAGGGUGAACUGCAGAAAAGAAAGUCCGUCGUCCACACCGUCUCACUACACGAAAUCGACGUUAUCAACUCCAGAACGCAAGGGUUUCUGGCCCUAUUCACCGGUGAUACUGGUGAAAUUAGAUCGGAAGUAAGAGACCAGAUUAACACAAAAGUAGCCGAAUGGAAAGAAGAGGGUAAAGCGGACAUUGUUCCCGGUGUUCUUUUCAUCGACGAAGUGCAUAUGUUGGACAUCGAGUGCUUUUCAUUCAUCAAUCGCGCUUUGGAAGAUGAAUUUGCUCCAAUAGUGGUGAUGGCCACUAACAGAGGUAUCUCUAAGACCAGAGGUACGAAUUACAAGUCUCCUCAUGGUCUACCGCUAGAUUUGCUAGACAGGUCGAUCAUCAUAACGACCCAGAACUACAACGAACAGGAAAUUAAGACCAUUUUGUCUAUUAGGGCUCAAGAAGAGGAAGUCGAACUUGCUACAGAGGCACUAGAUUUGCUGACCAAAAUCGGAACGGAAACCAGCUUGCGUUACGCCAGCAAUCUAAUCUCUGUUUCGCAACAGAUUGCUCAAAAGCGUAAGAGUAACAGUAUCGAAGUGGUUGACAUAAAGAGGGCCUAUCUAUUGUUUUUGGACAGUUCGAGGUCUGUGAAAUUUCUGCAAGAAUAUCAACCUCAGUACAUUGAUGAUCAAGGAAAUGUUCAGAUUGCCAGCGGUGAAAAUAACGCUGACGCCAUGGACACUGCGGCCUAA